AUGUUCAGAUCGCGACGGGCAGAAUUAAACGCUGUCAGUCAGCUGGGGACGCCACCUGUCAAUCAAAACGUCCGUUAUAAAGUCACUCCGCUUUCGCGCCGUCUAGUCAAAGGCGGGAAGAGAUCACGGGGAAUUAUCAGUUCACAAACGCGCGGUAUUAGACGCAGUUUUGAGAGAGAUAAUUUAUUUCUAACUGCACACAUUGGCAAAUUUAUCUCCAUUUACCAAUCUAUUACAGUGGAAAUUGAUAAAUUACCUGCUAUGAACAUGAGCGCCGGGAACAGUUCAGUGGCUAGAGGCUCAUUCCUAGAGAGAAGUGGAUAUCAGCACCUGGAGCACGGAGAUCUGAGGCUUUGGAUUCCAGUGGUGCUGGGAGUCAUCUGCGUCCUGGGUUUCACCGGGAAUGUAACGGCUAUGGCAGUCCUGAUCACCAACGCGCGUAAAAGUAAGCUGUCUUUGAUCAAUGCGCUCAUCCUCAACCUCUUGCUAGCUGAUGGUCUGGUCCUGGCAUUCGCUGUUCCCUUCAAAGCCACUGCUUAUUCCCGUGCCAGCUGGACCCUGGGAUUGUUUGUCUGUAAGACCUGUGACUGGUUCUUGCACUCUUGUAUGGCUGCAAAGAGCUUUACUGUGGCCAUAAUGGCCAAAGCUUGCUACAGGUAUGUCAGUAACCCCACCAAGCAAGUGAGCAUCCGUUUGAAGACUAUCCUAGUGGUCCUGCUCUUUACUUGGCUCUUGGCGUGUGUGGUCCCCAUUCCCCAGUGGCUUUUCUCCACCCUCCAAAAAGAAGCAAAUGGAAUGAUUUGUGUUCAGACAGUGCCAGUCGAUUCCCACGAUUUAAUGUCCAUGUAUGUCAAGGCGUACCCUCUUCUGGCCUACUGCACACCUUUGAGUUUCACCCUACUUUAUUUCUGGAAGACGUAUGGGCGAUGCCAUCGCAGGUUCAGCAAGACCAAGAACCUGCGGACGCAGAUCCGAUCCCGCAAACUUACCCUGAUGCUGUUCAGCCUGACGGUGGCAAUGGCCACCAUGUGGCUCCCACAAUGGGUGUCCUGGGUUUGGAUGCGGCACGCGCUAGAGACCGAUGGUGCCUUCCCUCCAGUCCUCUUCACUCUAUUCGCCCAGCUCCUCAUGUUCUCCAUCUCUCUAGUUAACCCUCUCAUCAUUCUCGCCCUCUCCGAGGAGUUCAGGGAGGGGUACAUUGGCUUGUGGCGUAGACUCACCCUCCGCAAACAACUGCCGAAACAACACAAGCAAGGACCACACACCCCGACUGCCCCAAAGUCACCCACUCCGAGACCUGAAACAUCAGCCCACCUCCCUCCACACCAGCCUGGGCGAACAGAGGUGCAAAAGCCUGAGAAGCAACCAGGCCAGAGUGAAGGGCAGCAGGAGAGCCCAACCAACAAAGAUGGAAUAGUACUGCAAGACGUAGAGCAGUUCUGGCAGGAGAGGGAGACUGGCUCCCAGACACACGAAAAUGAUCCUGUGCCCUGGGAAAAUCAGGAUCCGAAAGAAAGAAAACUGUAAAAAAGCGAGAAUCUCUCUUCUUUUACAUUUUUUCAAAACGAAAGAACAAAAAAAAAACACAUUCAAUAGAUCAGACCUCAUCUGAACUCGCCCCCCCCCCCCUCCCACUUAUCGUGACUAAUCAUAAUUAUUUAUGUUUGUUUGUGUUUAAGAUAAAAGUGAUAAAACUGGCUUGAUAUGAUGUAUGAGUAUAUAGAGAUGACUGUAUUAUUUAUAUUGUAUUAUAUAUUAUGGGUAGCAAUAUCACUAAAGUGUGGUGAUGUCUUGUGCGCACAGGUCCACCAAGACAAUAAAAAUGCUGAAAAGCUGUGGAUAGAUCUCUCCUGCCUAAAUCUUACUUUUGAUGAUAUCUGCAAUCUACCCCUCUUUAUUAUGAGAGUAUUUACACAAUAAGAUCGAAAUUAAAAUGUCUACAGAACGAAUAUGCUGUAAAGAAAGUA